GGAGGCGCUGUCUCAGGAUGUGGACAUGUCGGACUUGCCCUCAGACAAGACAGUGAGAUCACUACGGGGGAAGCAGGCGGCGAUCCCCUCAUGCGAGACUGUGAAAUCGCGGCUGGAGAGAAAGAAAAGGCCCCAGUCCAAGGCUGCGAAUGUGCCUGCCACGCCCCCAUGCGAGGCAGUGAGGACACGACAGGGGAGGAGAAAGAAGGCCAGCCAACAGCCAGCAGGAAACCAGGAGGAUGAGACGAGGCAGGAGGAGGAUGAGGUGAGGCAGGAGGAGCAUGUGGACGCAGCAGAGGAGGAUGUCCCCAGUACUGCCACAAAAGCAAAGGCGUACUUGCACUACGCUAACCGCCAAGGGGCCCGAUGCCUGGUGCUGGAGGACUACCGCUACGUCCGCAACAAGACCCGAAACGGCGUCAUGUACUGGCGAUGUACACAGGCCGGCUGCUGUGUGUACCUGAAAACCAACCUGUUCGACGUGCACGGGGACAGCGAACCACACAUCAAGGUGCUCCACCAGACCGGGCGUCAUCGUCACCUGGCGAAGACCAAUCAGCUGUCCAGGACGGCUCUCAUCGAGCACAUGCUGCAGCUGGUGGAGGCCGACCCCACGCGGCCGACCAAGAGGAUAUACGACCAGGUGCUGGCGUCGGCCGCGGAGGAGGACGUGGCGUCCGUGCCCUCGUUCGACUCGGUGCGUUCGCGCCUGGAGAGGAGGAGGACCAGCCUCAGGCCACAACUCCCUGACGACUCGCAACAGGUGCCGGUCACCGUGGAGACCUGGAACGGAGACAACUUCCUGUCCGAGCACCACGGCGACCACGGCUUCCUGAUCUUCACCACGGAGACGAACAUCACACGCCUCGCACAGUGCACACAGGUGUAUAUAGAUGGUUGGUUUGGAGGGUGCCCGCGGCCCUUUCAGCAGCUGGUGACGGUGCAUGGCCUGUAUUGGGAGCAGCCCAUAGCCUUCGUGAUGGUCCUCAUGUCUGGCAGCACGGAGGAGAUGUACAAAGCCGUGCUGAAACACAUCCAACACCGUGUGCAGACGCUCACCGGACAACAGUGGUGUCCAGAGGUGGUGACAGCUGAUCUGGAGGUGGCCCUCUUUAGGGCUCUGAGGGGCGAGCUGCUGGGAGCUCAGGUGGUCACAUGCAGCUACCACUUCUACCAAAGCCUCCGCAGCAAAAUACAGGAGCUCCACCUGGCAGGUGCGUACCAGUCUGACGUCCGUGUGAGGCGUUGGGUCCGUAGGGCCAUGGCGGUGGUCUUCCUCCCUCCGGCCGUGGUGCGCCAGAGCUUCCGUGAGGCGGCGGGCUCCGAGGAGACGGCGGGCCUGGUGGGAGAGCACCCGGCGCUGGGGGACUUCAUCCGCUACCUGGAGCAGACGUACCUGGGGGAGCACGCCCUCUUCCCGCCGCACAUCUGGAACGCAUACGGCCAUCGCCAGGACAACACCGACAACAACCACGUGGAAGCCUUCCACCAGAGAUGGAACAGUGCGAUUGACAGUCGGAACCCCUCCCUCUGGGUCUUCAUCCGCCGCCUAAAGGACGAACAGAAACAGGUGGAGGCCCAGUGCGUUAUGGUGGAGAGUGGUGGCGCCCCCUCUGGCCAGAAGAGGAAGUGGCGUCAGCUGGAGCAGAGGAUGCAGCAGCUACAAAGCCAACAGCAAAGCGGAGACAAGACACUGGAGGAAUACUGGGAUGCAGUACAGACUCACAUGGGCAACUUCGAAUGAACCAUAUAAUAUGGGGGCAGGGUUCGAAUACCACCCGAGACAGGGGCGGCCCCAAAACGGCAUUGCGAAAUAAAACAUGACUGAGCUACA